AUGGCAGACACAGGCAAAGGCCGGGGGCGAAGCUUAGCCCUUUUACAGGCACUGAAGAAGUCACAAAUGAUGGACUCUCCCUCACAAUCUGAGAGUCAGUCUCCUGAAAGUACACCAGAACAGAGUACAGCUCCAAGUACCAUUGCAAGUGCAACUCCUAGUACUUCAGGAGUGAGUAUAGGCGGUAGAGGACGCGCAGCAGCAUUGAUGCUGGCUAAAAUGCAGCAGAAACCAGGCUCCACAACUCCAGCAAUUUUUGUGCCACCUUCAUCAACUUCUGCACCAACAGCUGGAACUGGACGUGGAUUCAAAUUGCUUCAGAACUUGCAAGCCAGUCAAAAAGCAAGCAGUCAAGUAGCAAGCAGUCAAGUAACGAGCAGUGCACAAAGCGAUAUUAAAGAUUUGACUGAAAAAAUGUCUGAAACUUCAGUUUCAGCACAGACAUCUUCAGUUGCCAAGAACAAAUAUUUCAGGGAGGUGAAAGACACUCCUCCAGUCGUAAAGAAAGGUGAAACAGGUGUGCCUAUAGAAGUGACCUGUAACUACAUUUAUCUCAAUUUCAAAGAGAACAUUGUUUUUGAGUAUGAAGUGAAGUUUGAACCAGAUCAAGACUAUAAGCACUUGCGAUUCAAAUUGCUCAAUGAGCACAUUGAAUACUUUAAGGAGAAAACAUUCGAUGGUACCACCCUCUACGUGCCACACGAACUGCCCGAUGCAGUCCGUAAUUUAGUAUCUACUAACCCAUAUGACCAAAGCAAAGUAAACGUUUCUAUUAUAUUUCGUCGCACACGUCGUUUGAGCGAAAUGAUUCACAUAUACAAUGUGAUGUUCAAAUGUAUAAUGAAGGAUUUGAAAUUGAUUCGCUUCGGACGCCAACAUUACAAUGAGCACGCAGCCAUACAGAUACCUCAGCAUAAAUUAGAAGUUUGGCCUGGAUACGUAACAGCAGUAGACGAAUACGAAGGCGGUCUGAUGUUAACAUUAGAUUCGACUCAUCGUGUAUUACGAACGCAAACCGUUCUCUCUCUGAUCAAAGAGGUUGUGCAAACUGAAGGAGCUAAUUGGAAACGUAAGAUGACAGAUAUACUAAUAGGAGCCUCUGUUAUGACUACUUAUAACAAGAAAUUGUUUAGAGUUGAUACAAUUGACGAUAAAAUGAGUCCGAGAUCAACAUUUGAGAAAACAGAGAAAGGUGAAACUAUACAGAUUAGUUUUAUAGAUUAUUAUAAGAAGAAUUAUGGUAUCGAGAUAAUGGACUGGGAUCAACCUUUACUGAUUUCAAGAGACACAAAACGUAUGCCCGGAUCAGAUACUCCAACGGAUUUCAUGAUAUGCCUCAUUCCGGAGUUAUGUCAAUUGACUGGUUUAACAGAUGAUCAACGCAGUAACUUUAGAUUAAUGAAAGAUGUAGCUACUUACACGAGGAUCACUCCAAAUCAGCGCCAUGCCGCUUUUAAGAAGUACAUAGAAAGUGUAAUGAAAAACGAAACUGCCAAGAGUCGUCUAGCGGGUUGGGGUCUCAGUAUAGCACCGGAAACUGUGAACCUAACAGCUCGUACCCUGCCACCAGAGACACUGUAUUUUGGAGACAAUGUUAGAGUUCCCGGCAAACCGAAUGCAGAGUGGAACUCUGAGGUGACUAAACACAGUGUGAUGCAAGCUGUGGAUAUCAUGAGAUGGGUUCUGUUGUUCACUCAGAGGGAUAAGCAGGUUGCUAUGGAUUUUCUUAGUACACUCAAACGAAAUUGUCGACCAAUGGGUAUAAUGGUUUCUGACGCUGAAUUGGUACCCCUCGCCAAUGAUAGAACAGAUACGUACGUACUGGCAUUGAAGAAGUGCAUAACGUCGUCUGUACAAUUAGUCGUUGCAAUAUGUUCUACGAAGAGAGACGACAGAUACGCGGCCAUUAAGAAAGUUUGUUGUGCUGACAACCCCGUGCCCUCACAGGUUAUAAAUGCACGUACGUUAAUGAACACGAACAAGAUCAGAUCGAUCACUCAGAAGAUUUUGCUUCAGUUGAAUUGCAAACUCGGCGGCACGCUUUGGAGCAUCAGCAUACCGUUUAAGAGCGCAAUGAUUGUAGGCAUCGAUUCGUAUCACGACCCAUCCAGGAGGAACCGGAGCGUUUGCAGUUUUGUAGCAUCCUAUAAUCAAAGCAUGACGCUUUGGUAUUCGAAAGUGAUCUUCCAAGAGAAGGGUCAAGAAAUAGUUGAUGGCUUGAAAUGUUGCCUCGUUGAUGCGUUAACUCAUUAUUUGAGAUCAAACGGACAGCUUCCGGACAGGAUCAUCAUAUACAGAGACGGUGUAGGUGACGGGCAGCUGAAGUUAUUGCAGCAGUACGAGAUACCUCAAAUGAAGAUUUGCUUCACGAUAUUGGGAUCGAACUACCAGCCUACCCUGACCUAUGUUGUCGUACAAAAACGUAUCAACACUAGGAUCUUCCUGAAGUCGAGAGACGGCUACGACAAUCCGAACCCCGGGACCGUCGUCGAUCACUGUAUAACGAGACGGGACUGGUACGAUUUCCUGAUCGUCUCGCAGAAAGUGACCCAGGGCACUGUCACCCCAACCCAUUACGUGGUGGUCUACGACGACAGCGGGAUCACCCCGGAUCAGUGUCAGCGUUUGACGUACAAGAUGUGUCACUUGUACUACAACUGGCCGGGGACGGUGCGUGUGCCGGCGCCCUGUCAAUACGCCCACAAACUGUCGUAUCUAGUGGGACAGUGCGUGCACGCGCAGCCGUCUGACGUUUUAGUCGAUAAGCUGUUCUUUUUGUAGUUUUUUUUUUUCUCAUCUAAAUUAGUUUAGCACGGGGAUUCCCAAAAUAAUAGACAAGAUAGAUACCUCUGAAAAUGAUAUUUCUUUAAAAAUCCUAACUGUCGUAUCUAGUGGGACAGUACGUGCACGCGCAGCCGUCUGACGUUUUAGUCGAUAAGCUGUUCUUUUUGUAGUUUUUUUUUUCUCAACCUAUUUAGUUUAGCACGGGGAUUCCCAAAUAAUAGACAAGAUACUUACCUCUCAAAAUGAUAUUUCUUUAAAAAUCCUAACUGUCGUAUCUAGUGGGACAGUGCGUGCACGCGCAGCCGUCUGACGUUUUAGUCGAUAAGCUGUUCUUUUUGUAGUUUUUUUUUCUACACUAAAUUAGUUUAGCACGGGGAUUCCCAAAUAAUAGACAAGAUACUUACCUCUCAAAAUGAUAUUUCUUUAAAAAUCCUAACUGUCGUAUCUAGUGGGACAGUGCGUGCACGCGCAGCCGUCUGACGUUUUAGUCGAUAAGCUGUUCUUUUUGUAGUUUUUUUUUUUCUACACUAAAUUAGUUUAGCACGGGGAUUCCCAAAUAAUAGACAAGAUACUUACCUCUCAAAAUGAUAUUUCUUUAAAAAUCCUAACUGUCGUAUCUAGUGGGACAGUACGUGCACGCGCAGCCGUCUGACGUUUUAGUCGAUAAGCUGUUCUGUUUGUAGUUUUUUCUUUUUUUUCCCACAAAUUUAGUUUAGCACGGGGAUUCCCAAAUAAUAGAUAAGAUACAUACCUCUGAAAAUGAUAUUUCUUUAAAAAUCCUAACUUUAGUUUUUUUCAUAUUGAUACAAAAUAGUUUAUAAUUAAAAAAAAAUAGGUUAAGUCAUCGUCGACAUGGACCCGUUUAAUAAUCCCUGGUUUAGUACAACGAAACUGGGUGGGUACUUUAUGUUCGUGUAGCGACAUCUCUUAUCAGUAUUCUGAAACUAGGAGUCUAAUAGAGUAUUAACAAAGUCAAGUUAUUUCAAGCUUGCAAGACAUCUCGGGUAUUUAGCAUUAACGGACAAACGUAUUG